AUGAGAGGAUCUGUUCACCACCCUUUAUGGAGCUGACAAGUGCCUGUGGAGAAGAUACCUUGCAGCUUAUAGAGAAGAAUGGACUGGCAUUCCCAUUCAUUUGUAAAACCAGAGUGGCCCAUGGAACCAACUCGCACGAGAUGGCGAUCAUCUUCAACCAGGAGGGUCUGAAAGCUGUUCGCCCCCCUUGCGUCAUUCAGAGCUUCAUCAAUCACAAUGCUGUGCUGUAUAAAGUCUUCGUGGUCGGGGAAUCCUACACAGUGGUGAAAAGACCAUCUUUGAAGAACUUCUCUGCAGGAAUCUCAGACAGAGAAUCAAUAUUUUUCAACAGCCACAAUGUUUCAAAACCAGAAUCCUCAUCCGUCUUAACAGCACUGGAUAAAAUUGAAGGAGUAUUUGAGCGGCCAAACGACGACGUCAUCCGGGAAAUCUCUAAGGCGCUGCGGCAAGCUCUGGGAGUUUCCCUCUUUGGAAUUGAUAUCAUCAUUAACAACCAGACGGGGCAGCAUGCGGUCAUCGAUAUCAAUGCAUUCCCAGGUUAUGAGGGUGUUUCGGAGUUUUUCACCGAUCUCCUGAACCACAUAGCUGCUGUCCUGCAGGGUCAGGUGCCUGAGGUGACCCAGCUAAACCGCAGCAAGCUCCUGGCAGAGCAGACGGGGGGGAUCAUGGACGAGCGGAUAUGCUGCGCCAGCACGGGCUGUCUCAGCGUGAUGGGAAAAGACUCCUCCUGGAUUGUGGAAAGCGAGACCAACAGCUCAGUAAAACUGCAACACCAGAGACUAGGCUGCAACUCAGCAGUGUCCCCCAGCUUCCAGCAGCACUGCGUCGCUACGUUGGCAACAAAAGCUUCUUCUCAAUAACUUGCCAAUGCCACGGACAGAGAAAAAGCCACAGGGAUACAGAUUGUGGUCCCAGAACUAGAUCAGGCUGUAACAAUACAAUUGUGAAUAAUGAAAAAAAAACACAACCA